CUCCGUAAGAGUAGGACAAAAACAAGGGCAGCCAUAACUUCCUAUGCUCUGACAGGGACCUCCAAUAUUUUCGGUAAACCGCAAACAUGGGCUUCGAAACAUGUGGUCCAAACGAGGUGAUGGUUGUGUCAGGAUGCUGCCACUCUCGGUCAGUGUUUGUGCCUGGUGGUCGUGUGUUCGUCUGGCCUGGGAUCCAGAGACUGCAGAGAUUGUCCUUCAAUACCAUGACUUUGACUAUUGAGAGUCCAAACGUUUACACACAGCUUGGUGUUGCUAUAUCUGUGACGGGUAUAGCACAGGUGAAGAUUCAGGGAGGAAACAAUGCAAUGCUACAAUCUGCUUGUGAGCUGUUCCUUGGGAAAUCUGAGACGGAGAUCCGCAAUGUUGCCCAGGAAACACUGGAGGGCCAUCAGAGAGCCAUCAUGGGCAACAUGACUGUCGAGGAAAUCUACAAAGACAGAAAGAAGUUCUCAAAGGCUGUGUUCGAAGUGGCAUCAUCUGAUCUUGUCAACAUGGGGAUCUACGUCGUGAGCUACACACUCAAGGACAUCCGAGAUGAAGAGGGUUAUUUGAAAGCCUUAGGUAUGGCAAGAACUGCACAAGUGAAACGUGAUGCCCGUAUUGGUGAAGCUGAAGCGCAGAGAGAUGCAGGCAUUAAGGAAGCCUAUGCAGAAGAGAAGAGGAUGGAAUCUCGUUUUGCAAACGACAUCGAGAUUGCCAAGGCACAGAGAGAUUUCCAGCUGAAGAAGGCAAUGUAUGACAUGGAGGUCCACACAAAGAAAGCCCAAGCUGACUUGGCCUAUGACCUGCAGGCUGCUAAGACGAAGCAGCGCAUCAAGGAGGAACAGAUGCAGGUGACAGUAAUCGAGCGUUCUCAGCAGAUUCAAGUGCAGGACCAGGAGAUUGUGCGCCGAGAACGAGAACUGGAGGCCCAGGUUCGCAAGCCUGCCGAGGCUGAGAAGUACAGACUAGAGAUGAUUGCUGAGGCUAAUAAGAACCGAGUUGUGAUGGAGGCUGAGGCAGAGGCUGAGUCAGUCAGGAUGAAGGGAGAAGCUGAAGCCUUUGCUAUUGAGGCCAAGGCUCGUGCAGAGGCAGAACAGAUGGCCAAGAAGGCUGAUGCCUGGAAGGACUUCCAGGAGGCUGCUAUGGUGGACAUGGUUUUGGAAACACUUCCAAAGCUGGCUGCUGAGAUCUCUGCUCCGUUGACAAACACGAGGAAGGUUACCAUGGUUUCCAGUGGCAAGGGUGAAGUUGGCGCACUAAAACUGACCAAUGAGGUGAUGGGUAUCAUGGAGAAGCUGCCCCAUGUUGUGGAGAACCUCACUGGAGUCAACAUUAGCAGGGCAUUGAAGAUUUCCCAGCGUAAGGCAUAGAAGAUUGCCUGUCUGCUUUUCAUUCUUGAUCAACAAAAGGACACCAAUACUCCACCAUGAACUUUUCGAUAAUAAUCCAAAAAGAUAUUCAAGUAACCAUGGUAACAUAUAAUCAACAAUCGUAAAAGAUGUCAACAUGAAAUCAAACUAAAUUAUAAAAAGACUUUUUAAGGAAGCACUCUGCAUGUGUUUGUUAAUUAUAAUUACUACAGGUGUGUCUUAUAAGCUAUUUUUGAUCCCAGUCAUCUACUAAGUCUGUGUGAUUAAUAGAGCGUUCUAUAGCAUAAUGCAUGUCAAUCUUACUUCCAUCUCUCCGUGUAGAAUCGAUGUAGAGAAAUCAUUUUUAUAUACCCUCCUUUCAUUUCAUUGUCAUUGUACACCACUCAACAUUUUUUCUCAUCUUUAAUGAACAGUUCUUAUUUCGAACAAUAAUAAAAUGGUAUCAAACUUUAUGAGGUUCAGAGUGUUUGAAACGGAGUCUGUGCUUUGUAUAAUUUCAACAAAAUUUGAAAAAAUAUGUCUCGACAAAUUUUUUCUCUAUCAGUUCAUCACUUGUGAACUGAGUGAGACAACAGAAUUGGUUAUUUUUGGAGUAUUCUGAUAGCAGACAAUCAGUUGCUUUUAUACAGAGCACACACACUGUUCAUCGAGACUGUUUAUUUGUAGCAAACCAUGUGGUAUGUUACUGUUUUCUGUAGAUUACAGAAAAUGGUUUGUGUUGCUAAGAGUAUGCAGAGUUAUCUGCCCAUAUUUUUCAUCAAGGGCAGAUAACUUGUGCAUGCAUGUUUGCGUUUCUUGAUGCGGAUGGUUUGGGUUACCAAAUAAAGAAUGUUCUUGACUGUCAAAAGAAUUGAAUGAUACAGACUUAUUAAACAGGCCAUUUUGAUUAUUCAAGAAAACAUCAUAUAAUCUGAAAUUCAAUUUAGUAGAAAACUCUAUUGUUGCUUGUUCAUAUGAUUUACCUGAAUAGACCUGAACGGUAGUUUAAUUACUCUUUUCAUAUUUGUAGGACACCAUGCUCUAUAUAUUUCUCAUACAAUAUGCUAGGCCUCCAUUGAAACAAAUUUUUAUGAUUGUUUAACUUAAUUUUUGUUUUGAGACAUGUUUGCAUCGCAUUAACAGUGUAAAUAACAUUCCCAUUUCUGAUUGAAGACCCAAUGCCACCCUGUAGUGCUCAUAUUUCCAUACUCAAGUAGACCUUAAUGUUUUUUUGUAUAUAUUUAUGUAUAUCUAUUUUAUGGUCAAAUAACUACAUGUAUAUGAAUAGUCAGUUCAACCACUUACACCACAGAACGGGGCACAUUAAUUUUCAUCAAGCAUACAACAUGAUUUGGUUGUAACAAAUUCAGUAGUUAUGUUGAUUAAAAGCCAUUAGUGUCCGUUAAGUUUUAACUUGUUUAAGAAUAAACUUAUUCUUUGAUAUGAGGUUUGAAAAUUAUUAUUAAACCUUGUGUUUCUGUGUUUUGUGAUUGUAUUUAUUUGCUGAGAAUGAACUGGGAAGGUCUUACGUACUGGGAUAUUAGAACAACAGUGUUUAUGCAGACAGAUACAAAUGGACUCGUACCAUGCACCUUCAAAAGCUGGUGUCCCUCCCAGGUCUACUCAUAAUGUGGAGGUGGAUUUCACCAUGGCAUGGGUUUAAUACCCUACACAUGUAUUCCAAGUUCUAUACAAUCUAAUGAAGCUGAAAUAAUUUCUUGGUCAGAACCCGACUUGCUCCAAUGACGAAGAUGAGAUUCAGUAUGGAUAGAACUGAAUGUUUGGUGAAUUGUUAAAACCCUGUUCCGUUACUCCAGUACAAAUUUGAAACAUUGGUUUGGCCAGAUUUCCAUAUAAUGUGAAUAUUAUUUUGAACAUGUUGAAGCUGAUUCCAAAUUGUCUUGGUCUGCUUGUAAUGAAGGAGCUAUAUACUGAAUUGGUCAAUAUCCCAGUAUCCAGUAGGUUAAGGCAUCCCAGGUCUACUAAGGAUUAUAUUGUUAAGAUGGCAGCAUUAUGAAUAUAAUUUUUCCUUAAGUUAUUACUUGAUUCUGAUACAAGACGGGAGACAUUCAAAUUGGUUUUGGGAUUAAUUAAAUUCAGAUCAUUGCACCCAGUUUCAAAUGAUGCCACCACAGGAUGAGGCUACAGCCAGGAAAGAUGCAAUAUUUUGAGUGAAUAUUAUGACUAUUUUGUUUGUAGGCUAGUGCCUCUGUUUGUUUCUCAUUCUGAGUUGUAAUGAAUAGAAGUUAUGUCUCUUUUGUGCUUUUGUCUUUUGCAGAAGUUUCAAAAUAUUGACUUCCAACUGGCAACUUUUCUGAUUGUUGUACAUUUGGGUUAUUCUUAUUUUACCUCUCAGACUCUUUUUUUUUUAAAUUAAUUAUUUUGAACAAAAAUCAAUUAAGAUGGACCUUGAAAACACAAUAUUUUGUGGUUUAGAAAAGUAAUAAUCACUAUUACUAUUAUCAUGAUUAGCAUGUGUAAUUUCCUUUUAAUGUUUAACCUAUUUAUUUUUAGUUGAUUAUAUGAUUUUAUAUGAAAUGAUAACUAUUUACUAUGAAUAAUUAAUAUUUACUCUCACAACACUCAAAGGUCUCUAAAAAAGUUCUGAUUUGAUGCUCAAGGUGAUAUUAUUUUCAGGUGUUGGACUGCUCGACUUUUAUGGAAAUAAUUGGAAUAAUUUGCAUGAUCACCUACAAUGAAAAUCCAAACAGAUUCUUGUAGUACCUAGUCAUUAUAGACCUAUUCUCAUUGAUAUUAAAAACUUUGCAUUUCGUGCCACAUGUCUCAUGAAGAAUUAUCAUCUUUUCUUCAUGGAAAACAAAUUUAUUAAGAAGCAUAAUUUUUUUAAUCAGUUCCCAAUUGUCUCAUGUUUAGCAAAUGUUACAUUCAGUUUCAUUCAUAUGCUUUUUAAGCAGAUUUUGUUUUGACCCUUAACUAAAAUGAAAUCAAUUUCAUUCAUAAGAAGGAUGUAAACAGUAUGAAAGUAAAUAUUUUUGUUUCAAAUAUGUGAUGCCAUUGCAACUGUUUUUGUUUAGGGAACACUUAUCAAUCAAGAGUUGGCUCAAUUUCCCUUUGGUUGUAUGGUUCAACAUUGGUUGACUCCUGUCAUGCAUCAAACAAUUCUUCAUUCAUGUAGUCCUGUUUUCCUAUAUUUACAUUAAAGAUGUUAAACCUGAGUACCUCUAUGUAUCAGAGUUUUUAGCUAUCAAGAAUGGCAUCGUAUUUUAGUUUAUUGAUCAGUUAUAAUGAUGACUUAAGUUGUUGACAGUGAAAACUGAUGACAACUUUGAAAAGAACAAAAACAUAUUUUCCACAAAUUCACAGUGGCAUAUCUUGUUGAUAAGAUACAACACCAUUGUUUAGAUUUAAAGCAGCAAGCAAACAUGUUUUGUAUGUAUAAUGAUUUAUCUUCAAAAUUGUGUACUCCCAGAUGUAUUUCAGCUUGGGUAAAAUAUUCCAUUAACAAAUUUCCAUCAGUUUUCAAUAUGACAACUUUUGCAUUCAGCUUUGAGAAUAUAUUUUAAGCUUCUGUUAUAUGCCCUGUUCUUUUAGUUGUACAUAGCCAACAGCGUUGCACUUAUUAUGUCAUAGAUGUAUCGAAACCUUGUAAGUGUAUGAGUCAGGAGUUUUUUAUGUACUCUGAAAUUAUAUGUUCUUCAUAAGAUUUUCUUUUUACACAUUGCUCAUGAAUUGUGUUAUUCUUGUCCUAUCAGUAUUUGAUAUUUGUGUAUCGAUUUUAAGAUAAAAUCUUCGUAAUUA